UUUUUCCUGGUGUCCAAACCAUCCCUCUAACGAACCCCGCUCAUGGUUACCAGCUACGACACACGUUACCUGAGAGGUGAAAGCCACGAGCGCCCACAAGCACUACUCCACCAGCAGAGGAACAGGAACUCCGGUGCUCGACUCUCCACCUCCAGCCGGCCUGAUGACGUCUGUGGCAGGUGAUGCGAUGAGGUGGAAGACGGCGUGUGUCACCGGAGGUGACGGAUACAUCGCCUCGGCCCUCGUGAAGAUGCUGCUGCAAAAGGGAUACACCGUCAAGACGACAAUCAGAAAGUCCGAUGACAUGGAGAAUCACCCCCAUCUCAAGGACUUGCAAGCGCUCGGUCCCUUAGAGGUCUUCCGCACCGACCUGGAGGACGAGGGUAGCUUCGGUGAGGCCGUGGCCGGCUGCGACUAUGCCUUCCUCGUCGCGGCUCCGAUGAACCUCAACGCGGAGAACCCUGAGAAAGAAGUGAUCGAGCUGGCCGUCAGCGGAACCCUUAACGCAAUGAGGUCGUGCGUGAGGGCGGGGACGGUGAAGCGCGUGAUCCUGACAUCGUCAGUGGCGGCUGUCGCCGGCCGGCCUCUGCCACUAGGAGACAGCCAUGUCCUGGACGAGGAGUCCUGGAGCGACGUUGAGUACCUCAGAGUUACCAAGGCCGGCGGCUGGGCCUACAAUGUCUCAAAGGUGCUUAUGGAAAAGGCGGCGCGGACUUUCGCGCAGGACAGCGGCAUCAGCCUUGUUACGGUGUGCCCCGCCUUCACGGUUGGCGAGGCGCCGGCGACGAUUGUCCACACCAGCGUCCCCGUUAUCCUUUCUUUGCUGACUGGUGACGACGAGAAGAUUCGCAGCCUGGAACUCGUCGACAGGGCGUCUGGCUCGAUCCCGAUGGUCCAUGUCCACGACCUCUGCCGCGCAAAGAUCUUCUUAGCCGAGGAGGAGGCUGCGUCAGGAAGAUAUAUCUGCAGCAGCCUCGACACCACCCUCGCGGAGCUAGCCACCUUCCUGGCCGCCAAGUACCAACAGUAUAACGUCAAUACCGACAGGUGUGUGCCAACAUCUAUGGAAACACGGCAAGUUCCGAUGCUCUCGAUCGUGAUUUGUGAAUAUAUAGCGUGUAUGUUUGUUAUCAGGUUUGGUGGUCGCCCCGAGAAGUUGAGAGUCUGCAUUUCGUCGGCGAAACUCAUCGGGGAAGGGUUUGAGUUCAGGUACAAGGUGUUGGACGAAAUAUACGACGACGUCGUCAACUAUGGAAGGUCCUUGGGAAUCCUUCCGUACUAGCAGUUUAGCAUGCAUGAUGAGCCUCUGUAUUGGUUGGUUGGAUGUCGGAACCAAGCUAAAGUUCAAAUUUGCUUAUACUAGCAAACACUGCCCGUGCGUUGCUUCACGUCGAUUUUAAUCCAUGUAUAAUCUUUUUUUUCAUAUAUACUGAAAUGAUCAAAUACAUAGUGUAAACAUUUGUACACCGAAGACAACAGUAAGGUGAACAUCGAGGCAGCACCGUGAUGCCAAAUAAACCAAAUUUGCUGGGCCGACGCGAGUUCGAGGAGUGCUCUCUGCAAAUGCCGCGGAAGGAGCGUACCAACGUGCAGGUGACUCAGUGUUCCUGUUUCUGCCGCACAAGGAGAAGAUCAAAGGAGGCGUGGCUAUGUUUGAAAGAGCUUGUUGAGCAUGCUGAGUUUGAAGGAGUUCGGCUGGGGUCCACCAGCAGGCGUGACAAUAUUGGCGCGCAAAGUGUCUUUUUUAAUUUCCGGUUGUGUUGUUUUUAUUUUUUCUGUUCAGGAAAAGUGGGUCCGAGUUGUUUAGGGUUUCUGGAGUCACCCAUAUAAAUAAAGGGUUGGCUGCCGGCCAUUGUAUCCUUAGGUUAUGUUUUGAGUUAAGAAA